GGUAAUAAAGGUAAAAAUGGAAACGUCUUAACAAUAGUUAAGAUCUUAAAUUUUUAAAUCGUUAAAAAAAAUUGUAUGUAUUAAUAAUUAGAGAUGGAAUCAUCAUCAUCAUCAUCUUCAUCCUCCUCCUCAUCUUUAUCCUCAUUAAUUACAAGUGAAUGUAUUAACAAUAAUAAAAGUGAGAUAAAAUCACCUAAUUGGUAUAAAUUUGGUCGAUAUUUUUUAAUCUUCUUGGCAAUUACUGCAAUUAUCCUUGAUUCACAAAAAAUGAUCAGUGAAUAUAAUAAAUCAACAAUUAACUUAACCUCAUCGCAAUUAGAUGUAAUCCAAUUCUAUUCCUCGUCACUAAUUACCCAUCUAGUUGGAUUAGGAGCAGCAAUUGAACAUGAAGUUUGGUUAACUGUUAUUUGCCGUCUGGUAUCUGCAGCAAUUUAUCAAAUUAAUUUAACAAGUAAAUCAAAUUUACCCAAUGAUCCUGAACAAUUAGAUAAAUUGGUUCGUAAAAAGUUACGUAAAAAUCCUCAACUAUUACAAUCAAUGAAAAGUAAACCAAUUCAAUGGUCAAAGAUAUUAAAAAAUUUUCUGGUGACCUUCUGAUUCAGUCUUGAGGUCAACUUCCGGACGAUGAUAAUGGAAAACGGGUAAUCGUUUAUAAGGGUAAAUGCAGAUUGAUACCUUCAAGGCACAAUUAUGCAAGUAAAAGGAUGAUGAUGAACUGAGAGAGAAAUAUGAAAAAGAUGCUUCUGAAAAGACUUUCAUCAACUGAAUAUGAAAAAAAAAACUGAUGAUGAAGAUAAAUGAUAACAAAAGAUAAACAGAAUUAGGCUAACCUGCUUUUCAAUUAUCUUCAUUAUUAUUAUGAUUACAGUCAUUGUAUUAAUCAUAUUUCUAAUACAAUUUAGUUACAAUCAACUUUUUUCUUCACUGUUUACUUUUGAUUGUUUGCAAGACACAAUAAUAAGCACGCACAGAACGCGUUCCACUUUUACCUUUUUUUUUGCAUCAAUAUUAAAGUCAUCGUCUUAAUCAUCACCAGCAUCAUCGACAAUUUUACAAUUGAUUAUAUGUAAUUAUUGUUUGCAUGUUGAAAAACAAUAUAAACACACUAAGUGUAAACAUUUCAAUCUUUUACUUGAUAUUAAAAGCUGUUUGUCUAAUAACAAUCAACUUUGAAAUAAGUUAAUAAUUAACGAUUUCAAACAUCGAUUUACAGAAAAAUGGUUAGAUUAAUCAUCAUCAUCACGGUAAAAAUGAAGAUGGACAAGAUGAUGUACUGAUUAGUCUUAAAUUUCAUAACAAUCAACGAUAAGAAAAGUAAUCAGUACAAUGAAAAGUUAAUUUUUUUAAAUUACUCUCUUCAUUUGUAAUAGAAUACAAGAGCUUAGGAUUAACCAUAAAGUGCAUCAUGAUAAUAAGCUAUUUAAUUGUAACAAUAACACGCAAUGAAAAUGUACAAUCACAAUAAUCAGAAAGGAUAAGAUUUACUCAAUUUAUAUUGUUUGAUAAAAUAUUGUUUUAACGUUAAUCUAUCGGUUGUAAGAUGAAAAUGUUUUUUUUCAUUAGUAAAUAAUUCAAUGAAAAUUUUCAGUAAAGAUCGAUUCUGGUCAGAUGAUUAAUCGUCGUCAUCAUCUUUUCACUUGUUUGCCGGAGAGAGAGAGAGAGAGAGAGAGAAAUCAUAUAGCCUCAUAGCUUUUGGUCAUUCCAAUAAAAUGAGGUAAGAUUGAUGGCUUUUGGCUGAGAGGUUUCAGAGUUGCCAACAAUCCUCAUGGCGAUUGGAUAACAACAGUAACAUCAACAACCCCAUUUUCACCUUAUUUUGCCUUCCUCAUCAUCAUCUUUAUCAUCCUCACAAUCAUCAUCUCUCACUCUCACUCUUCGCUCUCACAACUUUCACUGGCAGCAUUGAUUUCAAUCAGAUACAAAUAUAUCAACCUUUAUUUUUUUGUGUUACUCUGAUGCAGAGCCAAGUGAGAAAAAAAGAGAAUAGAAAUCAGAAUCAGAAUUUUUUUCUACUCUCUACCCCC